GUGUUUUAAGUUUUUUUUUUGAUCAAAUGUAUCAGAUCUGCAUCAUGUGAAAUCGAAACGCCAGAUAUUUGAUGUCAGAUAUUUAUAAUGUAGAUGGGCGUCUGAUCUAUUUCUUCCUUCUUUUUUUUUUUUUUCACACACCAAACAAAAUAAAGAGAGAGAGAGAGAUGCUGUUCAAAGAUUUUAAAGAAUUGAGUGUACUUCGUCAGGCACUGGCUAGUGACACAGAAGUUGACUUUGUUGCAUACAUCCAAUCUCAAGAGAUCGAAAAGAAGAGUGUAUUUGAUCGACACUUUAAACGCACUAUGCAAGCCAUGAAAACUUGUUUCCCUAACGCUAAAGAAGGCUCCUUGCAGGAAAAAAUGGUACAGUGGGCACGAACCGUGAUUGAUAAUGAGUUUGAAAUCCUUGAACGUUCAAAAGUGUUGGCUUAUUGGUUAGCAUUGGAGGAAUCGAAAUUUACAAAGAACCUCGAGUAUGUUUCCUUGAUUCAAUUGAAUAAUGAGGUCAAGUUGAAGUCACUCUUACUCGAGUCCCUGUCUAUCAAAAGACACGCAAAGAGGCGCAGAGUUGUCUAAACAAACCCAUCCAAUGUGAUGUAUGCUUGUCUCAUCAAGUAUGAAAAGAAUAAAUGAUAUCCUUUCAUUUCCUUUA